GGGAGAGAGGGGGCGGAGGACACCGUCUGAGAGGGACAGAGAAAUAAAGAAAAAAAGCCUGUGCGUGCUUUCGCAGGCGGAGUUUCGUUCUUGCGCACCGUUGGAAUUCACGGUCUCUGUGUAUUUUCCUCGGGGUUGCUUGAGGAGGCAGAAGGAGCGAGGACGCGCCGUCAGCGAGCAGAUGUUAUAGCCGGACUAUCCCUGUUUCCAGCCUGACAAUCGAGCAUAUCGUCUAUUAAAAUGUGGCAGCCUGCGUCCGAGCGAUUGCAGCAUUUACAGACCAUGCUGAAGACCAAACUCAACGUGCUGACGCUCCGCAAGGAGCCGCUGCCUACUGUGAUCUUUCAUGAGCCAGAAGCCAUCGAGCUGUGCUCCGCCACCGCUCACACCAAGAACCGCACACACACAGGAUACAAGGUGACCUACCUUGGCAAAGUGACAAUUUCCGGCACUCACUUCCUGUCCGGCUGCACCGAGUCUGCUGUGGUGGGAUUAUGGGACACAAAGCGGACGUCUGUCACCCAAGACGACUCCAUCACCUCUAGCAAUGCCAUACUGGAGAUCCGGCCGUUCCAGGUACGACUGCAUCACCUGGAUGGGCAGAGGGAGGCCACGUUGGCCAUGGACACCUUCCAGGUGGCUCGCAUCGCGUACUGCACGGCGGAUCACGACGUCAGCCCCAACGUCUUCGCCUGGAUCUACCGGCAAAUCAACGACGAUCUGACCUUCCAGAUGGACUGCCAUGUGGUGGAGUGUGAGAGCAAACUAGAGGCCAAAAAACUGGCGCACUCCAUGAUGGAAGCCUUUAAGAAAACCUUCCACAGCAUGCGCAGCGAUGGACGCAUCCACAAGAGCGGCUCGUCCGACGAGUUCCCCGAAGAGGCCAGCACACCCGACGACGGCUGAGAGACGGGACAGAGGCGGCGGAGGGUUGGGAACGGGGCGAGAGGGAGAACUGCUCGCAAUUUUUAUGUCUUUGUGCCAUAAUAGAAUAUUCCGAAAAUUAACCACAACAAAAAGAGAACGGAAAUGGAAAUUCAAACCACAGACCAAGAAACUAGUCUGCCUUUUUCUGAUCUCGGCUGCCAGACAGUUUGUGCCCAUUUUACUAAAGUAAAGUACUUUACGACAGCAGCUGGUUUUGAUAUGGCGAGUGUGAAGUGCCAAAAACUUGUUACACAUUCAGUUAUUCUGCUUUUGUUUAGCCAAUCAAACUGGGAUUCCAAUCUGGAAUUCCUGAUGUGUGUGUGGAAAUCUUUUAUGUCAGUUUUUUUUUUUUUUUUUUGAUACGCAGAGGUCGGAUUAAAAAAAAAAAAAGAUUUAGUUAUUUAUGGCAGGCAGCCAGCCUAGGGCAUUUCUUUACCUUUAUCAGGCCAUAGAAGCGUAAUUAUAGUGACCG